UGCGACUUUGCUGUGCGAAUAUUUGACUUGAUGUCACAAAUCCACAUUAUUGUGUUCACUUUUACACCAAGUAUGAACCAGCUGUUAUUAGUUAUUACUGAUCUUCCCUGGACAAGCCCUUAAAAAAUACAUCCUCCAGAGCCAAGGAACAUAGAAAAAAAUAAAAUCAUUGGACAUAAAGAAGGAUUUGAUUAAAAAAUAAGCAGAACAAAAAUUUAUCAGGCUCAAGAAACUCCUGUUCUAUCCCACUCUGCUUCCAUAGCACUACAACAGAAAUGUGAUUCUCUAAAAAACACAGUAACUGUAGAGCUGAGGAUGUACCGGUGUGUUUUGUUGAAAGUGUGCUACAUUAUAAAGACAAAGCUCCUGUAUCAAGGGCUGCGACCUGCAAGUAAGAACAUCACAUGUUUGUAUCACCCUGAAGAUUGUAAUGUAAUGAGAGGAUUCAGAACAAUACCAUUACAUACGUGUGUACCAUAGGUUCACGCACUUCAACUUGAUACAUGCACAUGUACAAUGUACAGUGCAGUGUUACAUUACCAGGGUGACUCUCUGCACAGUCAGCAGCACAGCUGAUGCAAUCUUGACCUGGGGUCGAGGGGAGGGGGGAGUCUUGCCACCUGUCAACGACAGUAGCAACAAAAAGGACAGGUUGUUUCUGGUCUGUUUCUAUUCUAAUUGCUCUACGAUCGUACAUUGCCUCAGUGCACCAGACAAGUAUAAUAUUGAUCAUUGGCCAAGCUUGGUGAGAGAUAUGAGUGCAACUCCAAUGGCAAGGAGGAGGAAACAGCUAAAUUACUGCAAGAAAUCUGAACAGAUGAACACUAGACUACAAAGUGAUAAAAGGUCACGGAAUUCUGGCAGUAAUUUCCAAGAGACCAAUCAACAGUGAGCUGAAUUACACUCAUCAUCAGGGAUACAGCAUACCUCUGUACAUACAAGUUUUCUUUUGUAUUUUAGGGCCAUGGAAAAAGCCUGAAAUCUGUGCAAUACCAAAGUUCUGGACCUAAAAAAAUUGUAGUGAUAAUAUUUCUUGUGUCAGAAAAAUUGCUUUUUAACAUUUCUGGCCUCACAUUACAAGGAAAACAUACCUUGCUUGUGGUCUUUUCUGACAUACAUGAAUUCUUUGUUUUUAUAAUGAAGUGAGCUGUUGAAUAUAUAAUCCAAAUUUCUAAGUUUGUGAAAUUAAAAGAAGACAUAGGAUUUUUGGAAGGAACAGUAUAUAAUUCCUGAUUCAAAAUGGUGGGAUUUAAACCCACUGAGAUACCACCCACUCUGGGCAUGAAGUUCAUCAGUGCAGGAUUGGCAGCAUGUAUUGCCGAUGCAGCUACAUUCCCCUUGGAUACAGCCAAAGUAAGACUACAGAUUCAAGGUGAGAGUGCCUCAGCCCAGAAGAAUUCAUUCUCCUUUUCCAAAGCAAGAGAGGAGAAAGCAAAAUUCCAGUAUCGUGGCAUCUUUGGAACCAUCACCACCAUCAUCCGGCAGGAAGGGCCUCGCAGUCUGUACAAUGGUCUGGUGCCCGGCCUCCAACGCCAGAUGUGUUUUGCCUCUGUCCGAAUCGGACUGUAUGAUUCAGUGAAACAGGUGUACACAGGUUACUUGGGAAUGAACAUUGUGACAAGAAUCUUGGCCGGUAUCACAACAGGGGCACUGGCAGUGACGUUGGCUCAGCCAACAGACGUGGUGAAAGUACGCAUGCAAGCACAGAAUAACAUUGACCCCACCAAACCAAAGCGCUACACAGGAGCCAUGCAUGCAUACAAGACAAUAGCUCAGACUGAAGGUGUCAAGGGUCUAUGGAAAGGCACAUUUCCCAAUAUUGCACGGAAUGCCAUAGUCAACGCUAGUGAGUUAGUGGCCUAUGACAUGAUCAAAGAGCGGAUUCUGCGGACUGGACUCCUAGCUGACAUGUUCCCCUGCCACUUCCUCUCAGCAUUCGGUGCUGGGUUUGUCACUACGUGUGUUGCCUCUCCUGUUGAUGUGGUCAAAACCAGGUACAUGAACUCCCCACCAGGCCAGUACAAAGGGGCCAUUGAUGUUGCAGUCAAGAUGUUCAGGGAAGGUGGUCCCAUGGCGUUCUAUAAAGGAUUCAUGCCAAAUUUUGUACGCCUUGGUUCCUGGAACAUUGCCAUGUUUGUCUGCUUUGAGCAACUGAAACGAGGCUGUGUGCUCCUAUUCAACUAGCACCCCUAGUUUAAGUUAGGUCAGUGACUUUCAGCAAGCAGAUUGCAAAUAUGUCCUAACUCUUAAAUGAUCAAGCUGUUUUUAAAUGUGUGGAAUGGUGGGAAGGAAUGUAAUCAUUAAAAUAGAACCACCCUUUCCUUCAAAAUGGUUGUCUGUCAGCAGACUUUGUGAAAAUUGGAUGCACUGUUUUCAAGAAAUGCUAACUUUCCCAACUAAACGUGUUUAGUGUUUGAAUUGACAUGGGUAAAAGCAUGAACCUUGGAAGACCACAACAAUGAACAUUGUGUCAGAGUGAAUUGAAUUUCACAGAUGAACUUAUAAUGGAAGUCUUAACAUGCAUUGGAAAUUUCAAAAAGAUUAAUUGGAAUGCUUCCAUACGGAUACAUGUACCUGCAUAGCAAUUGAUUCCAGUCACAAGUCCUCAGCAAGUACAUGUAUUAUACAACACGUGCAUAAAUCCCUGUCAGGGAAUUGGUGGAUCAUUGAUAACAUGUUCUUGAUGGAAAAUAUCUCUACUGAUUGCUGUGAUAUGGUCCAACUUUCACCAAGCCUAUUAUUUUAGUUUACAAUGUAUUUCUAAAUGAAACAGCUAUGAAAUAAGGUACAAAAUUUACUCAAGACUACAGGAACAUGCUUAUUUGGAUUUGACAAGAUCCUAUAGUGAUGAAUGUGUGGGACACUUACUGUAGACUGGCAAAAUGAACCACCAAAAAAAUCUCCACCUAACGUUUCAUUUGGGAGUCAGGUUGGUGCAGUGUUUCUUUCUUCGCCUUCCACCUCUUGGGGCUUUGGUUCGAAUCCAGCUGACUUUG